AUUCCGCUUCCGGUUCGUUAUUCUCUUCCUCAGUAGUCCUCUGUUUGUCCCAAUUAUCGUUAAGUUGUUUUUAAACGAUUUGUUAGUCACCUGAUGAAUGAAACGUGAUUCCGGAUUGAUAGAUCGUAGAGAAAAACAUACUAGUCAAGAUGAGCUCAUCGAAUCCCCAUAGGAAGCAAGCGAUCUCAAAAGUGCAGAAAUCAGUCAGAAAGUUUGAAAAUAGUGACCCCACUAUGAACGAAGGAAGACCCGCAGAGCAUUCAUUCGUUACGGAUGUAGCAGAUGUAAGACAAAUGGAGCACGGAUUGCUUAAAUUACUUGAUGACUUCCAUUCCGGUCAUUUACAAGCUUUUAGUGAGGGAAAUAUGUAUGAACAAAUGGAUAACAUAAGAGAAAAACAAGAGAAAUUAGCCCGCCUCCACUUCGAAUUGGAUACAGAACAUACAACAAUAAAUCAAGAAUUAGGACAAAAGAAGGACGAGAACGGAGAUAAAAAUAUUAGGAAUAUGGACAAAUUGAUGGAUAGUGUUAGUUUAUAAAUUCAAUUAUAUUUUGGUUUAAAAUAAUAUAUUUAAUAUAAUUCUCAUUUUCCAUUCCAGCUUCAAGAUUUAUGCCAAUCCAUGUAUCCUUUAAAAUCAAUUAUAUAUUACUAUUUAUGCGUUAAUUACUUAUAAUUUUCUCAAUUCUUCACAUUAGAUUGUGAAAAAGAAGAUGAAAACAUAAUUUUCCUUAAUGUACUUUCAAUAGAAAUAAUUUACAGCGUGGUGAUCAGAGUGCAUCUUAAACUAUAAAAAGAACUCAGAAAAUAUACAGAUGACUAAAAUUUACUGUUUCUUUUUUAAAUAUUAAUUAAUUCUUCUAUUAUACUCCACUCUAAUUGUAUUAAUAUACAAAUAUACAUUUUCGUGUUAACGACGUGAUGGUUACUUUGAAAGUAAAGACCUCUUGGUGCAACUAUGCUACUUUGAAUGUCAAAACCGCCCGUUCGUGGAGCGAAUAAUAGGGUAAAUCCGUUUGAUCUGGGAAAUAUACAUAGAAGAAAACAAUUUCACAAUAGUACAAUAAAAAUAUGUUAUAAAAGGAUAUUAAAAGUUUAUAGCGUCUAAACGUAUAUGAAAAUUAAUAAUAGCUAUAUAUUACAAUCUAAAAGAUGAAGGGAAGGACAAAUGUUUAUCGUUUUAUUUAUAAUUCAUGUGCAAAGUAUGCAUAUACCAUAUAUCACAUACCUAGUAUUUAUUCGUUGAUUUGUAAACUUAGUUAUGAAUCAUUGAUAAGGAUUUUGACAUUACUCAAAAAUCUUACAUUUUUGAAAGUAUUAUCAGUUACAACAUUUGCAUAAAUGUCAAUGUUCUAAUUCUCUUUCUGGUGCUCUUAAAAUUUGAUGCAUAAUGCCAACACGACAAGCAUAUAUUAGGUCUUAAUUAAAUUCUGACUUUUGUUUGUCUCUUAAGAAAAUAAGACUACCUGAAUAAUUAAAGAUUUAUCAUUUGUUGUGUAAAUUGAUGAUAAAUACAAAAAGAUCAGAUAUAUACACUAUGUUUAUUAGAAUUGAUUUCUUAGGAAAGAAUUAGUAUAAGUCGUUAACUUUAGUUGCAAUGGACGUAGUUACAUUACGCUCCUUUCGUCCAGAGCAUAGUAGCUUUGAAUAGAUGUUCCUUAACUUCCUAUCCAUAAAGGCGUAGAUAUAAAAGUUAAUGGCGUUGUUAGUAUGCGCGACCAACAGCAAAAAGUGUUGAACGGAAGCACUCACUUUUCCAUAGUAAUCAAGUUUUAAAGCAACAACUAGCGGUACCCAACAUAGUAUUAAUGUGAAUAUUAUAACAAGCAUAUUUCUAAUUAUUAGUCGGUUUUUAAUAAGCAUCUGUUUUUUUCCAUUCUCAGCUGUAGAGGUUGAUGCUUUAACUUGUCUUCUUGAUUUAAAGAAAACUAUAGCAAUUUUUACAUAAACAACAAAUAUUAAUAUAACGGAUGGUAUAACAACAAGCAAAUCAGGAAAGAUUAAAGAAAAUUUAAAAGUAUCAACAUUUAAAUUAUAAUUUCCAACGAAACAAGUUCCAAUUUUCUCGUUAAAACCGUAAUUACCAAACUGGAAGAAAGGUGGAGAUAGUAUGAUAAGCGGAACUAUCCAUGAUAAUAGUAUUGUUAAAGCAACUGUUGUUUUCUUAAACAUUCUAAAAUAUACAUCAGCAGAGAAACAAAUUCUAAUAUAUCUAUUCAAAGAUAUAAAUGCUAAUGAAUAGAUGCAAGUACACAUGAACGAUAAUCUUAAAUAGGCUAUUGCACGGCAUAAAUUACUUUCAUAUCUAUACGAAUAGCCGUAAGCCGUUAACGGUAUAAUAAUUGAACACAUAAUCCAAUCAAUCACCGAUAAAUUUACUACAUAAACGUAAGUAAAAAUUCGCAAACUUUUCGUUCGAAUAAAGGAUAUAAUUGUUAAAAGAUUCGUUAAUAUUCCACUUAUACUUAUUAAACUACUCCAAACUUGUAAAAAUCGUAAAAAUUUUUCGGAGACAGCGUCCGAAGAUGAAUUGGAAUACAUGACUUGGAAUGACGAUCUCUAAAAAUUCAUGAGAUUGUAACGCGCGCCGUCUAUUUCUACUUUUCAGCUAACCUAUAUUUUUUUUCAUUUUUUU